UUGGGGCGGGGGAAGGGACAGGCCAGGAGCAGCCGACUGUCGGAAGAAACGACAGUCGCCACUCGACGCCUGCAUCGAACAGAAGGCAGCCUGUGCGCAGACGCGAGCCGCAUUUUUCGAGAGUGCAUCCGUUCCCCGGGACGAGAAUCGAAACUGGUUUCGAACGUGGAUCAUGAUCCCGGUGAAAUCGAUCGCAACGACGCGAUGAAAACUCAUCGAACCAUUGUUCGCGUUACCGUACACACGUCCUUUUAACCUAAAAUCGAAAAAGGAACGAUACACGUUUGUUUGGUGCUGUGACAGUGUGAUAUUUCCCUAUAGCUUCGAGGACUCGAGUCUAAUAAGACGCUCUUCUUAUCGAAUAACGUGUCGAGGGACCCGGUUCGACAAGCACCGAUUCGAAUGACGAUUCCGGUGUGUCAAGGUUCGAGGGGAAGGUGACGAGCAGGUUUCAGACGAGAAUCUUCAAGAUACCUCGAACGAAUCCGGCAAGAAACCUCGUCGACUAAAACGAACAUGCUCGUUAUAAACUAUCGUCAAAGGCAUCCUUGUUGGAGGAUGCUGCUCGCCAUCGUCAUUUUGUCCGGUCUCAUUAGGUAUAGCGAACCAAUGUCGACGAAGAGGUUAACAGAUUCAUCAUCUUCAUCAUCAUCAUCGUCGUCGUCCACGUUAUCAAAUUCCGGCGAAUCGAGGUCACAGAAUCUUGGCUCGCCAAGCGAUCUAGCCUGGCAAGCUUGGCUCCUUCUAGAUCAUCAAACAGGAGGUCAUUCCAGCUUAGAUUCAGCAAGUUUCCUCAAACGGAUCACACCGAAAAGCGUGUUCAUUGCGCCAGAACUGCCAGCUUUACCGCCUUGCGCUGACGGUUAUCGUGCAGAUACGAUGGGCAGGUGCGUGAAAAUCGUGAACAUCGAUCACGAGGCUCAUCUUGGUUUCCUUCUUCAACGGCUGAACAAUCGAUACGGGAACCGAGGUAGCAGCUCUGAGGCGUUUAACAAUAAUAAAAAAAAGUCCAGCGGCCCGUUGCAGUUGAAUAUCCCUCUGUUUUCCAUGACCAGAGAAUCGAACAAACCAAUCGCUCUUUCCCAAAAGGAUGUGGCUCUUCCCCAAAAGAAUGUAGAAGAAAAAAAAGUAGAAGAAAAGGUAGUAAAGAAAAUAGAAGAAGACAUAAUGGAAAACAUAGAGGAAGAGAUAAAGGAAGAAGAGCAACCGUUGGAAUCUCUGAUCAUGUAUUAUCAGACGAAGAACAACAACGAAGAACAGGAAAACGAGGAUAAUGUUUCUCGUGAGAAUACUACCAUUUCUGACGAACCUAUUAACGAACCCCCCGACGAAUUUGAAGAAGAAGAAGAUCAGAAUACUACUAUUCGUGAUCAGAGUAUAAUUAUCCACGAUCAAAGUACUACAAUUCACGAUCAGAGUACUACAAUCCACGAUCAGAGUACUACAAUCAACGAUCAAAGUACUACAUUCCACGAUCAGAGUACUACAAUCCACGAUCAGAGUACUACGAUCCAUGAUCAGAGUACUACAAUUCAUGAUCAGAGUACUUUUAUUUAUGAUCAAAGUACUACCGUUUAUGAUCAAAGUACUCCCAUCUAUGAUCAAAGUACUAGUACUCAUGAUCAAAGUACUACCAUUCACGAUCAAAAUACUACUAUCUAUGAUCAAAAUACUACCAUCCAUGAUCAGAAUACUACCAUUCAUGAGCAGAAUACUACCAUUCACGAUCAGAGUACCACAAGUCAUGACCAAAACACUACAAGCAAUGACCAAAAUACUACCAUUUAUGAUCGAAGUAUUACCAUCCAGGAUCAAACUACUGUGCGUUCCUCGUUAGAAAUCCCAUGAAAGAAAUAUGGAUUUGAUUGGUUAUUCGAAUAGACCGAAUAUGUACAAUCAUAAAAGUAGGAAUGUCUAUUGAUCAAAAGUCUUGCAUCUACAAAUAAGACCAUGUAGCGCUAUUUAUCGGUGUACAAUACUUCCGUACACUUGUACCGUCCCGUGAGAUCUAUGAGGCAUACAUAAAUAUUACCAUCCAUGAUCAGAGUACAUACUACAUAUUAUCCGUGAUCAAAACAAAGUUAAACGUUAUUCAAAUAAUAUUUCAAAUAAAAUUUUCGAAUAAAUCUUAAUAAAUCAAAUAAAUGAAAGUCAAUGAUCUAUCGGCAUGCAUUGUCCGAAUAAUUCUUCUUUCUCAAUUAAAAAUUUACUCAGUCUUUUAUCAUAUCUUUCAGAAUCAUUCAUUUCGCGCACAUAUAUAUAUAUAUACAUACAUAUUGGAGUUACUUCACAAAAAUAUCAUCAAUCGUAAAGCUUUUCUAAAAAAAAAAAGCUAGAAAACUAAAAAAAAAAAACAAAUUUGCGAGAAACAAAAUCGUUUUUAAAUUCUACGAUGUUAUUGGAAUAACGUUUAACCCUGCGAUAACUCUUUUAUACGAAAAUACGCGAUAGAAUGCAUGCAAUUACGAAAUGAAAAAAUUAUUAUUGUCAUUAACAAAAUCUAUUGAUAUAUCCUUUGGAUUUUUAUAAGAAGAUAAAAUUAUAUAUACGUGUGAUUAUAUCACGUACGAAAUUAAAAAAAAAUUAUAAAUCUGACAUCGCGGCCAGUAAUUUUUUUUACUGCUCUACAUAUGCUUCGAUGUGGUGUGUAAUCUCUUUUUCCCAUGUAUUUGAAUGUUAAUUCGUGUACAUAUUAAUUUUAUUAAGAGAAAUUGUAUAUACAUUACAUAAUUAAGAAGCGUCAACAGCGUCUUAACGUGUAUUAAUUGUAACUGUAUAAAAAUAUUAUUGUAUUAUUUAUAGCUAAAUAUAUCGAUGUAUAUUAUACAUUGUCGUGUCGUAUCAUGUAGGAAGUAUUCUUAGAUCGCAAAACAGAAAGAACAUAAAAAAAUCAUUCGAUAUUGAUUUUGCGCCAAAAUAUCAUGCUUUAUUAUUAUUUACAACCUGUCCAGGCAUGAUAAGCGAUUAUGUUACAAAUCAUUUUAUUCAUUAAGCAUUUUUUAUUGUACAUAACUUAAUUGUUAAAGAAACUGCAUGUUACGUUGUAAUUGUAAUUUUUUAUUGUACAUAACUUAAUUGUUAAAGAAAUUGCAUGUUACGUUGCAUUACUGGAUGUAUUUUUUAUCCCUUUGAAUUCCCGAGCAAUAAGAAACUUCUCAGUAGACUCAUUUCUUGUUGCUUUUGGUCUUAUAUUUUUUACAUGUUUAAAAAAUCUUGUCAGAUCUUUCUCCAAUUGCAAAGAUUUCUUACCAUCCCAUACUUUACAAACAAAUAUUCCAUUUAUAUGAAUAAUUUGUAAAGCAAAUUUUAAAGCACUAUAUACAAGUUGCAUUAUAUUUUCAUGAUCUAAAUCUCUUAUACCAGAUGCAUUUGGUGCCAUAUCUGAUAAAAAUACAUUCACUUUUCGACCAUUUAAGAUGUUCAAGAUUUCAUUUUGAGAUGUUGCAGCCAUAAAAUCCAUACCAUUUAAUAAAGUUGCACCUUCAAUAGGAUAAAUUGGUUGUUUAUCUAUUCCUAAAACAGUUCCAAUAGCACUUUUUUGUUUAGCAUUUGCAUUUGUGAAUUUAACAGCAACUUGAGUCCAACUACCAGGAGCAGCUCCACAAUCAAUUACAAUUUUCCCUGGUUCUAAUAUUUUAAAUCUUUCAUUAAUUUCUAACAAUUUAUAUGCACUUCUACAUCUAUAAUUUUCUCGUUUAGCCAAUUCCACAUAAGGAUCUUGUAUUUGUCUUGUAAGCCAUAAUUGUGAACUAUGCUUCUUUCCUUUUAAAUUUUGUGGUGUUUCUCGAAAUAAUGUAGAAUAAGUAUGUAAAUUCCUUAUUAUCAAAAAUAUUCUUGAAUAAUUCAUGAUAUAACCUAACUUAAUAAUAAUUUUAUGUAUCAAAUUUAUAUAUAUAGAUUGAUCAUUUUCUUAUUUUGAUUAAUUCUUUAUCAUUCAAUUAUUUAUUAUACAAAACAAUUAAUAAACAUUAUGCUUUGAAUAAAAUUAUAACAUUUAACAGUUUUAAAUAAAACUUUUUAUAUAUGUACUUACAAAUUGCGAUCCGGUUUUAGU